CACAAAUGGCCUCCCAAGAAGCUGAUAGUGCAGAGCUGGGGACAGCCAGCGCAGAGCUGGGGACAGCCCCUGCAGAUGGUGCCCCAGGAAGCCACGUGGAACCAGAGGGGGUGACUGAUUCGACAUACCAGCCCAUUGAUAGAUCACAGAAAGACCAGAAGGGGGAGCUGCAAGCCCUGGGGGCCAUCCAGAUCCUGACAGGAGCCAUGGUUCUGGUGCUGGGUGUUCUUCUGGGUUCCUUACAAUAUGUAGCCCACCUCUUCAGGCACUACUUCUUCAUCUUCUACACAGGCUACCCACUGUGGGGAGCUGUGUUUUUUAUUAGUUCAGGAUCCCUUUCUGUUGCAGCUGGGAGAAAACCCACAAGAAUGAUAAUGCAAAACAGUUUUGGGAUGAACAUUGCCAGUGCAACAAUUGCACUGGUUGGAUUUGUUUUUCUCUCCAUAAAUUUAGCAGUGAAUAUGCAGUCUCUCAAGAGCUGUCAGUCUUCACAGUCACCAGAAUUGUGCAUUUACAUGGGCUCCUCAUCAAAUGGCCUGGUGUCUCUAAUGCUGCUCCUUACCUUGCUGGAAUUGUGCAUAACCAUUGCUGUCUCAGCCAUGUGGUGCAAAGCAAACUGCUGUUAUUCAAGAGAGGCAAUUUCUUCACCUCCCAAUUCUGUGGAAUCAGGAAAGCCUCCUGGUGAAGAACAAGGAAACUCAACUGGACAUCCCCAGUGA